CUCCUCUUCGUGUCAAAGAAGAAGAAACAGAGCAGAGUCAGCGCGCGGAGACAAACCGUCCACCUGCAGCCCUCCGAGCAGCAUGAACCCCUCUCUGCUGACUGACAGGAAGAGUCCCAGACCCCUCUGAAGGACCUGAAGGACCUGAAGGACCUGGUCUCUCUGUGGACCCGAAGAAAGGAAGGAAGAGCCUCGUGUCUCUGCUGCUGCUGGAGGGAGCUAGCUUAGCCUGUUAGCUUAGCAGGACUCACUGUGUCCGUGUGUCCGUGUGGACUUCACCUCCAGGACCGAGCAGAGCUGCACCAUACCGGAUCUAAACCCUGAUCCAGCACCACGGAUCCACCUCCUGGAUUACAAGUCGACUUAUGCACGCGAGUUUGCACUAAAACGACCUGAAAUCAGACCCAGCAGAACCAGGAAGUCUGAAUGAACUCUGCUGCUCGCCUGUUAGCUGCUCAUUGUGCUGCUCGCUGCUGCAGCUGAGAGGGGGUCUGUGCAUCCUCUGCUGCCCUGCACAGCUCACACUCAUCAUCUGAAGCUAUCCUCUGCUGCCCUGCACAGCUCACACUCAUCAUCUGAAGCUAUCCUCUGCUGCCCUGCACAGCUCACACUCCUCAUCUGAGAGAGGACCUCAGAGUCUCUGAGUGUUUCUGAAGCUACCUGCAGGAAUCAGCCUGACUGUUUUUAUUCUCACUCAGUAAAAAGAGUCAAACAAACACUGCAGAGAUGAUUCCGGACAAAGCCCCGAAGGAGAACGUGUUCCACGGGUCCGAGGAGCUGAAGAAGGAGGCUCACAUCUCCAGCUUUGAGAAAUAUAAAGAGCUCUACUUGAGGUCUAUAGAGAACCCUGAUGAGUUCUGGGGGGACAUCGCCAAAGAUUUCUUCUGGAAGACCAAACACUCGGGUCAGUUCCUGGACUACAACUUCGACGUGACCAAAGGAGAGAUCUUCAUCAAGUGCAUGGAGGGAGCGACCACCAACAUCUGCUACAACGUGCUGGACCGCAACGUCCACGAGAGGAAGCUGGGAGACAAAGUGGCCUUCUACUGGGAAGGCAACGAGCCCGGAGAUCAGCUGAGGGUGACGUACAGAGAGCUGCUGCAGAGAGUCUGCCAGUUUGCAAACGUCCUGAAGUCUCAGGGUGUGAAGAAAGGCGACCGUGUGUCCAUCUACAUGCCCAUGGUGGUGGAGUUGGUGGUCGCCAUGUUGGCCUGCGUCCGCAUCGGAGCCGUUCACUCCAUCGUGUUUGCAGGUUUCUCUGCGGAGUCUCUGUGCGAGAGGAUCAUGGACUCACAGUGCUCGCUGCUCAUCACAGCAGAUGGCUUCUAUCGGGGAGAUAAGCUGAUCAACCUGAAGCUCUUAGCUGAUGAAGCAAUGCAGAAAUGCAGAGACAAGUAAGCUGUCCAGA